GGAAAGAGGGCCUCGAGCAGCCAGGCGAGUUAAUUUGCCAAGUGGAGCAGCGGCACCAGCUUCUGACCGAGAUGCGUCUUGUUCCUGCAGGCACCGCUGAUUUACCUCAGACCUUAUUGUACCUUGAUUUUGAGGUGGCUCUCUGAAUGUCCUACAUGCUGCAAAACGGUUCACUGGUGGAGGAAGGAAUCCAAAGACUAAUGCUGAAUCGGGAAGGCUUUCUGUCUGGGUUCCACCUCUGUCAGGUGCUCUGACGCCUCAAACAUUGCUGAAGAAGACAAGAUGGCUCAGAUGACCUUCCAGGCGGUGGACUUGGUGGAAAGGCGAGUUUAAUUCAGAGAGACCACAUCACUGACCUGGUUGACACUGUGGUGGCUGAGUGGGUCGGUGGUACCAGCCACUUAUACUCUUCUCCUUUAGGAAUGGAGGCUCUUCUAUCCCUUAUUUUCCGAUUGAAUUACCUCCUGGAGAAGACCAUGAAGGAUGUGUCACGGAUCAGGGCCACGGCGUCCCGCCUGGAGCAGUCCCCGCUGAGGACCCCCAUGCAGGUGAUCAGCGAUGGCUGCAGAUUCACACCCAACGGAGAAGACAGUCACUGGUGCGGUGAACACGGGGCACACGUUGCAUCUCGCCGAGAAGAUCGUCCUCUCCGUCUUCCUGGCCGCCAUCAUCGUCCUCACUGUCUUAGGCAACCUCUUGGUCAUGGUGGCUCUCUGCAAGGACCGGCAGCUGAGGAAAAAGAAGACCAACUACUUCAUAGUGUCACUGGCAUUCGCCGACCUGUUGGUGGCGCUAGUAGUGAUGCCGUUUGCGGCCAUCGAGUUGACCACGGGUAGCUGGAGGUAUGGUAAGACCUGCUGCCUGAUCAGAACCUCGCUGGACGUCCUGCUGACCACCGCCUCCAUCCUUCAUCUGUGCUGCAUAGCACUGGACAGAUACUACGCCAUCUGCUGUCAGCCCCUGGUAUACAGGAACAAGAUGACGCCCAUCAGGGUGGCUCUGAUGCUGGGAGGGUGCUGGAUCAUCCCCUCCAUCAUCUCCUUUCUUCCCAUAAUGCAAAGCUGGAAUACCAUCGGCAUAGAGGACAUUAUUAAGGAGCGGGAGCUCAGCCUGGCUGCCAACGAGACAUACUGCAUCUUCCUGGUGAACGGGCCGUACGCGCUGGUCUGCUCCGCCGUGGCCUUCUACGUGCCGCUGGGACUCAUGGCACUGGCCUACCAGCGCAUCUACGUGACGGCCAUGGCACACGCCCGGCACAUCGGCACGCUGCACCGCGCCGGCUCCGCCCCCGAGCAGCAGGCAGGGCCCGACCAGCAGGGCACCAGCCGCAUCAAGGUGGAGACCAAGGCGGCCAAGACGCUGGCCGUCAUCAUGGGCUGCUUCUGUCUGUGCUGGGCGCCCUUCUUCCUCACCAAUGUGGUGGACCCCUUCAUCCACUACAGUGUGCCCUGGCAGGUGUGGACCGCCUGGCUCUGGCUGGGCUACAUCAACUCGGGCCUCAACCCCUUCCUGUACGCCUUUCUGAACCGUGCCUUCCGUCGCGCCUUCCUCGUCAUCCUCUGCUGUGGCGACGAGCGCUACGUCCGGCAGGGCAGCUUUGGACCCUCGCGGCCGUACCCGGCCUCCGUCAACGGGACAUCCGUCGCACUCAGGCUGGUUUUCCAACCCAGUCCAGGCCAGAGCGACAACGGGCAGCGGUUCCUCUCCAGUGAGCUGGAGUCUCAGGAGUCACUGGGCACCACGUAGUGAAGCCAGCUAACUGGGGGCAAGGCCCACCUGGGACCGUUCACGUGGACACGAUCAGAGUGGACAGCUGGAGCAGGCUGGACAUUGGACAGGGACCUCCUGACCGAGCUGUCUGAAGUGACACCAGUUGUUUCUGGUAGACCUCACCUAAGGAGGACACUGAUGCUGGGGGCCAGCUGUCCCCCUUAAACAGUCCACACUCUAGGACAAGGGAACUUAUUACCUCCAGUUAGGUAUGGACUGUAUAGCCAGAGUCCACCCCCCCCACUGCUUGAGCUUGGGGGGGGGUAGCGAACUGACAAGAUUUUAUUUGUACAUUGUGUGUCAAAGGGACAGCCCCCAGGGCAAGAUUUCAAAAGGGCCAGAGACAGUAUUGAAAAUGCAGAAACACCAAGGUGGACUCCAUAUUUUAGAAUGCCAUAAACACAGUUUCCAUCUCCACUCCAGCACAUACAGCAGAUCAAAUGCCCCAGUACCCAAUACCUGGGAAAACUCAGCAGUACCAGGAGCCCCCGCAAAGCAGCAAGCAGACCAGAUCGCAUUCUGGGGAAUCACUUAGCACCCUAAUACUUCCCAGAAACACAAAAACUGCCACAGCAAGUAGCUGGCCAGCGUCAGGCUUUCCAGUCACAGAUGAGGUUCUGAUUCUUCAGGUGCCAGGGGACAGAUUGGCAGGACAUUGUGUUAUUCCACCUGUUUUUCAGCAUUUCACCUCAACGGAGGCAGCAGGAGAAGAAACAUACAUCCGCAGCACAGGAAUCACCUCACCGGUGCAUUUCUCCAAUACCAGGAGCUCCAAACAACUCGAAGGAGCACCUGCCCUAUUGUUACUGUGUGACAACCUUUUACAGCCAAGCUCUGCAUUGUAUUAGUGUAAUCUCAUGACAGCCGAUAGUGUGGGAGUUCAGGAGAAACUGGCACCCAGCUCGCUUUGUCCCACGACUCUGCAUGCACCAGACUCCAUGCCAAAUCAGAUGAUUGCGUAAAAACCGUUGUACACAAGUCCAGUGGUGUGGUUUCUAAGCUCCGUGGAAAAAGCUGCAGGUGAGACUCCCUUAAGUGCUUCAACACUGUGCCAUUACACCCUGACAUCUGUCCACAUAAUUAUAUAUUAAAGCCUUUCUCCAGGA